GACUUUCUACCAGUUUGAGACAGCGUGGGAUAGCUCCAUGCACAACUCGCUGCUGCUCAACCGUGUCACUCCGUACCGGGAGAAAAUCUACAUCACUCUUUCUGCCUACAUUGAGAUGGAGAACUGCACUCAGCCCGCCAUCAUCACCAAAGACUUCUGCAUGGUUUUCUACUCCCGGGAUGCCAAGCUUCCUGCCUCCCGCUCCAUCCGCAACCUUUUUGGCAGUGGCAGCCUGCGGGCUUCCGAGAGCAACCGCGUGACGGGAGUCUACGAGCUCAGCCUCUGCCGCGUGGCCGAUGCCGGCAGCCCAGGCAUGCAGAGACGGCGACGGCGCGUGCUGGACACCUCCGUAGCCUAUGUGCGGGGAGAGGAGAACCUGGCUGGCUGGCGGCCCCGCAGCGACAGCCUCAUCCUCGACCAUCAGUGGGAGCUGGAGAAACUCAGCCUCCUGCAAGAAGUGGAGAAGACAAGGCACUACCUGCUCCUGCGUGAGAAGCUGGAAACGACCCAGCGCCUGGGCCUGGAGACCCUAUCCCCCUGCUCCAGUGAGGACUCCGAGUCCCGAAGCACCUCUUGCGUCUCCUCCCCGCUCUCUGUUGAUGGGGUCCCCGAGGGCCGCACUUCUCCUCCUGAGACCCCCAGCGAGAGGCAGAAGGAGCUGGCUGUGAAGUGCUUGCGCCUGCUCACACAUACCUUCAACAGGGAGUACAGCCACAGCCAUGUCUGCAUUAGCGCCAGUGAGAGCAAGCUGUCUGAAAUGUCCGUGACUCUGAUGAGAGACCCCUCCAUGCCAGCUCUUGGGGUCACCACUCUCACCCCCUCCUCUACCUGCCCGUCACUGGUGGAAGGACGCUACAACGCCAUGGAGGUCAGACCCCCCGAGGUCUCCUCCAGGGCAGAGAGCCCUGACCUGGAGCCAGUGGUAGAAGGAGAGCAGAAGAAGUCCCCGUCCUGCAGGCCUGAGGAGGAGAAGGAGCCCCAGCGUUUGCUGGUGCCUGACAUCCAGGAGAUCCGGGUCAGCCCCAUCGUCUCCAAAAAGGGCUACUUGCACUUCCUGGAGCCGCACACCAAUGGGUGGGUGAAGCGCUUCGUGGUGGUCCGGCGCCCAUAUGUCUACAUCUACAACUCGGACAAGGACGCAGUCGAGAGGGCCAUACUCAACCUCUCCAAGGCCCAGGUGGAGUACAGCGAGGACCAGCAGGCAAUGCUCAAGACCCCGAACACAUUUGCGGUGUGCACGGAGCACCGAGGCAUCCUGCUGCAGGCGAGCAGCGACAAGGACAUGCACGACUGGCUCUAUGCCUUCAACCCCCUCCUGGCUGGGUCCAUAAGAUCCAAGCUGUCCAGAAGGAGAACAGCCCAGAUGAGAAUCUAACCUGAAUAACAUCCUUCACCUCAUCCAUCUGCCAACAGGAUCAAGAUAGCUGAUUCUGUCUCAAGACUCCCCAUGUUAAUGUCUGAUCUCUCACACCAUCUGCUGCCCCAGCUGUCUGCUCCAUGGAAGGAUCUGUCUUGAUUCACACUUUCAUGGGGGAAACUCACUUCCGUUCGUCGCUGCAAAAGCCUGGACCUGCCUGGGCAGGAUUUCUUGUGCACGUGCCAUCUUCUGCCCAUCUCCCCAUGGGUGACCUUCAUGUCACACUAUCUGUAAUGCUCCAGAAAGGUCCCUGUUGGAGGGGAAGGAGUGAGGAGGGCAGUUUCGGCUAAAAGCUGGUCUUUGAUCUACAGAGGUGGGAGCGCGGUAAAGCUUGGAGGUGGGAGAGCAGGAUGAAUUGCCUCCAUGUGAAGGGAAAGUGAUAGUUUAGGUAUGGGGAUUUCCUAGUUUAUUGAUCUUUCUGCAA